AUGGCAGUCAGAAAAGGCCAGGAUCGCUUUCGCGUGGUGAUUGUUGGUGGAUCGAUCGCCGGGUUGACGCUGGCACACAGUUUACAUCACGCCGGCAUUGACUACGUGGUGCUUGAGGCUCGAGAUCGUAUCGAUCCCCAGGUCGGCGCAUCCAUAGGGAUCUUCUCUAAUGGUGCCCGCAUUCUCGAUCAGCUUGGGGUUUACGACGAGAUUGAACGAUACACAGAGCGACCGGUAUGGCAUGAGAUGAUCACAGGGGAAGGGAAGCUUAUCCAGAAGGUGGACUCACUACAAUUAAUUGAGGCACGCACGGGUUAUCCGGUCUCUUUCCUGGAGCGACAGCGAGUUUUGAAGAUUCUCUACGAUCGCUUUCCGGAUAAAACCAAAAUUCAUACCAUCAAAAAAGUGACUUCGGUCGAUCAGCUGCCCGAUGGAGUACGAGUACACUGCGAAGAUGGUUCUCGAUUCGCGGGCGAAAUCGUCGCCGGCGCGGAUGGUGUUCAUAGCAAGAUUCGUCGUGAAAUGUGGCUGCAGGCUGAGCGCAACAACGGUCUGAAAAAUCUGGCUGCAGACAAGAAGACUUUAUCGGCAGAAUACAGAUGUCUGUUCGGUAUGUCAUCUCCAGUACCAGGGCUGGAUUCACAAUGCCAGUAUCGCGCAUUCAACAAGGACUGGUCAUUCUUGGUCGUGGUUGGCAAAGGUAGGCAGGUCUUUUGGUUUGCAUUCGAGAAACUCGACAAGAUUUACCGUCCGCCAAAUAUGCCUCGGUACACCGAAGCCGACCAGACGGAAUUUGUAAAACCGUUCAUGAAGCGAUAUGUCUCGCAAACCGUUACCUUCGACGCGGUAUGGAAAAGAAAAACAGCGUCUUCUCUCACCGUCUUGGAGGAAGCAAUGUAUCAACAUUGGACUUACGGCCGUUUUGUUUGCCUGGGAGAUUCUGUUCACAAGAUGACACCGAACAUCGGCCAAGGAGGAAAUUGGGCGAUCGAGAGUGCCGCCACUCUCGCAAACAACCUCCAUGCCCUUGCUGCUAAAACCAAGCGUCCGAGUAUUGAGCGCCUGCAAGCGACCCUUAGAGACUACGAGCAAACUCGGCGAGCACGCACCAAAGAGGUCUGUGAAACCGCGGGCUAUGCCACUCGACUCGAGGCUUUCGCCACCAUCACACACAAGAUAUUCUCCUUGUACGUGGUGCCAAACACCGGGGACUUGCUCGUGGACGUACACUGUCAAGCCGUGGCGCAGGCCCCCAGAUUGGACUUCUUUCCCAUCCCCGAGAAGUCCCUGCGUGGGCUGAUGCCAUUUGGCUCUGCACACAAUGACAACCAGCGGGAUCAUCUCGCUUGGCGGGUGUUGCGUGCGCUCCCUCUUUUAGGCUUUUUUUACGCUGCACUCCUGGUCCUGGGAGUUCCGGAGGCGAACGCAAAGUUUGAAGGGUUCUUACCUUCGCUUGAACGUUUCAGCCCGGCAGAAAAGCUUGAACUGAUUGGGUUCCUGGGUGAUCUUGCUCCCUUUCUAACCAUCGUCACUACCGAAAGCAUCCGAAGAGGAAACAACUUCACCGUUGCCUCCCUUUGGCCUCUUUUCGGCCUUUUCGGCCAGUGGAAAGGGCUGGGGCUUACGGUCCCGAUAUACCUCUUCUUUCAUUAUAUUCAGUCCUCAUUGGAGAGAUACGCCGCUCCUGACAACCGUCUCGUGCCUACGAAUUAUGCGAAAACGCUUGUCGCCGCCAUCGCCAUCGGCUACAUUGUCCCAACAAUACUUCUUUUCUCCGGUGUCGCAGUCGCACCUGUCAGUACUGCUUGGCAGUUUUUUCCUUUGACGUUGAUGGUCUCGCAUCGUGCGUUAUCGGUGUCGGUUUCCGAUACUACCGCGCAGGACCGGAUCACCAAUCCUUGGACAGAUAUAAAAUAUCUUCGUCGAGCACAUGCCAUUGGCGGCAUUCUGAGCGGACUUACCUACCUUGGACUUUGGUCUACCACACCAGAGUACAUGAUUCACAAACACAAUCUGUCUAAUAUGCUGACUUGGAGGGGUUGGAGUGAACCUACGAAGUCAGGCCUUGGGGAGCUUGUCAAGUAUAAUCAUUUAAUAACUCUUGGGAGCGGUCUCUUUUGGCAGUUGCUCCAUUUCAGGGAUCUUAAGAGUGCGAAAAAGCUGGAUGCAAGUUGGCUAAAAAUAAUUGGCUUUUUGGGUGGCACGGCUGCCAUGCUCGGACCGGGUGCUGCGAUGGCUGUGGGAUGGGCAUGGAGAGAAAGCGUGCUGGCAAGGGGUUAG